UUCGUUGAUCUUCAAAUGGGAACUACACGUUUCCUCACAGGAACGCUGGGUUUGAGAAUUUCCUUGCGCGUCGUUCUGUCGGCCCCGUACAAACGCGAUCACGUUGACGUUGUCUGCCGCCAUUUCACACUUGGAGUACCCUGUGUACUAAAUUUUAAAGCUAUGGCAGAAGGAAACGGAGAAGUUUCGAUGGAAGAAAAGCCAAGUGCGAAACAAGAGUUGCAAGAAGCCAAAGUAGAUAGGACAGAAGACUAUGCAAAACUUGUGGAGUAUGGUCUGGAUGAAAAGGUAGCAGGGAAGCUUGAUGAAAUAUACAAGACAGGCAAACUUGCACAUGCUGAUCUGGAUGAGCGUGCUCUGGAUGCUCUAAAGGAGUUCCCUGUUGAUGGAGCAUUGAAUGUCCUCACACAAUUCUUGGACUCUAACUUGGAGCACGUUUCUAACAAAUCUGCAUAUCUUUGUGGAGUCAUGAAGACCUAUCGCCAAAAAAGUAGGGCCGGUCAAGGUUCAGGUUCUGGUACUGUAGCGAAGGCCCCUGAUGAGGAUAAAAUAAAGUCUAUUUUGGAGCGAACUGGUUAUACGUUGGAUGUGACCACAGGACAGCGAAAGUAUGGAGGGCCACCACCAGGCUGGGAUGGACCAACACCUGGAAAUGGUUGUGAGGUGUUUUGUGGGAAGAUCCCGAAGGACAUGUACGAGGAUGAAUUGAUACCGCUUUUUGAGAAGUGUGGGAAUAUUUGGGAUCUGCGUCUCAUGAUGGAUCCGAUGACUGGCCUUAACAGGGGAUACGCAUUUAUUACCUUCACAACUAGAGAUGCUGCUCAGUUGGCAGUGCGGGAGCUCGAUAAUCAUGAAAUCAAACCUGGCAAGAGUCUGAAAGUUAACAUUAGCGUUCCCAAUCUGCGACUUUUUGUGGGCAACAUUCCAAAGUCUAAAGGCAAAGAGGAGAUUCUGGACGAGUUUGGUAAAUUAACAGCUGGUCUGACUGAGGUCAUAAUCUACAGUUCACCAGAUGACAAAAAGAAGAAUCGUGGUUUCUGUUUCCUAGAAUAUGAAUCUCAUAAAGCAGCGUCUCUUGCUAAGCGUCGUCUUGGCACUGGUCGUAUUAAAGUAUGGGGAUGUGACAUUAUUGUGGACUGGGCGGAUCCACAGGAGGAGCCUGAUGAAGCGACGAUGUCAAAGGUGAAAGUGCUGUACGUAAGGAAUCUUACCCAAGACUGUUCAGAAGAGAAGUUAAAAGAAUCAUUUGAAGCUUUUGGAAAAGUAGAGAGGGUUAAGAAGAUAAAGGACUAUGCAUUUAUUCACUUUGAAGAUAGAGACAAUGCAAUGACGGCUAUGAGUGAACUCAAUGGUAAAGAGAUGGGUGGUUCUGCAAUUGAAGUUUCACUGGCAAAACCACCUUCUGACAAGAAAAAGAAAGAGGAAAUGCUUCGUGCUAGGGAGAGGAGGAUGAUGCAGAUGAUGCAAGUUAGAGGUGGCUGUUCACCAUCUCACCCGAGCAUGUUACCAAGCUCAAUGCCAGUGAGGGGUCCUGGGGGAGCAGGGCCCAGAGGUGCAAGUGCUGGUGGAUCUAUGCGAGGGCCCAUGGGACGUGGAGACUAUGAUUAUGAUUACGACUAUUACGGGUAUGGGGAUUAUCGAGGUGGCUACAGUGAUCCAUAUUACGAUGACUAUUAUCGUUACGAGGAUUACUAUUUCGAUUAUCCGCCGCCUCCACCACCUGCCAGAGGGAGGGGCAGGCAGCCUCAGCCGGAUGCAGAAGAAGUUGGGUUCAUGGAAGCAGGCUCCCCAAACUACAGCAUGAGCGGUGGGAUUCAGGCUGGUCGUGGGCGUGGAGUGGUGGCGCGUGGCCGGGCCGGUGGGCCCCCAGCCCGUGGGGGAGCCAGGGGGGCACGCACCGNAGCCUCCGCGGCCCGUGGGGGGGGUCGAGCACCCGCGCGUGGGGGGGCCCGCGCCAAGGGAAGUUUACCAGGUGAGGAUGCAGGUAAGCGCAAGUUUGACGGGGGUCACCAGAACCAGGGGGAAUCUAAACGUCGCUACCAGAGCAGCUGGGGGAAUCAGCCCCUCGCCCAACAGCCGCUGGGCAAUGCGUAUGGGCUGGCAGGCAUGAAUGGCGGCGGCUACAAUUCGGGCGGGGACCAGCAGUGGUACCAGGAUACAUACCAGUCCUGGAGCUAAAUGCCAGUGGGUGGUUUGCUAGGCUUGUUGGAACACUUGGGCCCGGGCCCAUUGUGAGGAGCCGUGUGGACUUAACUAACCAGAUGCUGAGUUAGAAGUGGAUGGGAGGGGUAAAAAUGACCAUUCAUCCAAUGAGCCCUUUCACUUUUAAAGGCUGAUAAGUCAUCUGAAUAAAGUGAUAAUGUUGUACAGAGACAGUUUCGUUUGUUUAAUGUGGUGUCCGGGUUUUCGAAUGGGCCCAGGAAAGUGAGAGAGAUUUAUUCCUUCUGACUUUCUUGGUCUUGUUUGGUGACAUUGAGUGAAAGAAAAGAAGAUAGUGAUUGUUGCUCAGAAAUCAUUACAAAAACCCACUUGUACAUUACAGCUAAACAUGGUCUCCCUUUUGUUUUUGAUUAAUCGAUUUGUUCCCUUUCUUUGUUGAUUGAUUGCUUGUGACCUAUUGACUGUUUUUGCACAAGCAUUGUUGUCCUUAGAAGUCUUUCUAGCACAACCUUCAAAAUUCCAUAACCAAACUCCUUGCAAUUUGGUUACAGAAAGAAGCAAAUCUGUUAUGCAAUCAGGCAUUUGGUCUAAAGAUUAUCCAACUGGUUCCAUGGGUUAUAUGUAUUUGUCUGCAUGGCUAUUUCUUUUGUUAUAGGAUCAGUAUAUUCCUUGGUUAAGUUUUUUAUCAGUUCCCCCAUCAAACCCCCCUAGUUCUGGAGACAUUACAUCUUACGGGGGAAGUUCUAAAUCACCAGCUGCAGUAUCUAAUUCCCACUAUAAUGGGUGGGCCCCUUGUUUUUUAUUUCACCCCAUUUUGACCUUUGAAGCAAGCAAGGCAUGGUUACUGGACUCUUGGGAUAUGUGUUUAAAUUUUGGUUCAAGGUAGACUUGGGUUUUUCUAAACAUUGAGAAACCUUUCAUUUUUAGUUUUGUUUUAUGUUUUUUAAACAUCUUUAAAUUAAUGUAGAAUGUACUCACCAAUAAAUUACAGUUUAUCUGAAGUGUGCAAAGUAGGCUGAAGUUUUUUCCAUACCGUUUACAGUUCUUU